AUGGAGGAAGUUUCCGGCGACGGAAGUUUUAGCUUGACGCCGGAGCUGAGUUCCGGCGAGGCAAACGACAAUGAGCGGCCUAGUGAGGCUCCACAGGAGACCCCCUUAACGAUGUCCGCGUCAUUUAGGGACGGAGGCAAGAGCUUGUCGCGACGGAGGGCGGCGGUCCGACCGAGUUUAGAUGCAUAUGAGUUCUUAAAUCUGCUCCACAGAAACAAGAAAAAAAUAAACGAGGAAAAGCAGUAUCAAACGGAUGGCAAAACCAAGCUCAAGAGUGAAGAGAAGAAGCUGAAUUUGCAGAAAAAUGAACGAAGUUUCCGAAAUUCCUGGACACCACAAGUUAUUUCAUAG